AUGCAAACAUACACGGUACUUAAUGUAGGGAAUAAAUAUUCUGCGUCAUUUAAGGCAUAUGUGGCAUGCGAAGGAAGAGUGGUGUCACCGUUCCAUGACAUCUCAUUGUAUACGAGUGGGAAAAGAGACGUGGUGAGUGUGGUGAAUGAAAUACCAAGGUUUGAGAGCGCAAAGUUUGAGAUAAGCAAGAAGGAAGCUUUUAAUCCUAUAAUGCAGGAUAUUAAGAAAGGGCAGCCAAGGUUUGUGAAGAAUGUCUUUCCAAUGAAAGGAUAUUUGUGGAACUACGGAGCACUUCCCCAGACAUGGGAGGAUCCGAAUGAGGUUGACAAGGAUGCAGGUGCAAAGGGAGACAAUGACCCUGUCGAUGUUAUUGAAAUAGGACGUAGGAGAAAGGGAAUUGGUGAGGUUUAUCAGGCAAAGGUGAUUGGAAGCAUAGCGAUGAUUGACGAGGGUGAAUGUGAUUGGAAGGUUGUUGUUAUUGAUCUUGAGGACGAGAUGGCAAGCAAGAUCAAUGGAAUCGAGGAUGUCCGAAGGGAGUUUGGAGGGCUUCUUGAGGAAACAAUAAACUGGUUCAGGGACUAUAAGGUUCCAGAUGGAAAAGAACGCAAUAAGUUUGCAUUGAAUGGUGAGUACAUGGAUAAGGAUGCGACUAUUCGAGUGAUUGAAAGGGCGCAUGAAAGCUGGAGUGCGAUGAUAAAUGGAAAGGAGGAAGUAGGGAUAUGCAGGCAGAACUCUACAUUGAAAAAUAAAAGUGAGCCGCCUACAAUCAUUUCUGAAGAGCUGUCUGAUGAGGAGGUACCUGAGUAUCUGAAUCAGUUUGAAUUUAUUAAAUAA